CUCAGUCUACCGUGAAAACUGCGAAACGACGUGAGAAGGAAUAAAAAGACUGAAGAAGCAGUGUCUGCGAAAACGCUGUGAAACAAAACGCAAAAGUUAUCAUCGUCAUCGUCUUCUUCCAAUACAAACCCCAUUUUCACUCCAAUUCCUCACACAAAUCGAAUCUCUUCACACUUUCUUUCUCUCUCACAUCCUUUCUCCCUUUUCCUAAAUUUAGGGUUUGCCAAAUUCCAAUGGCGGAGGUCAUGAAUGUGCCUCCAGAAUCCCUCGACAAAUCCCCUUCCUCCGAUGCUCCCCCUCCUCCGCCGCCGCCUCCACCUCCGACUCAGCCCUCCCCUGCUGCGGACGACCUCCCUCCCCCGCCCCCGCCGCCGCAUUACCAGCCCCGGCGAAGAGACCGCAGAGACGACAGGGAUUUCGAUCGCCCUCCCAACCGCCGCGGCGAUUACUAUGACCGCAACGCGUCGCCGCCUCGAGACAGAGACCGGGACAGGGACAGGGAUUUCAAGCGCCGACGUAGCCCGAGCCCUCCCCACCGCGACCAGCGGUAUUCUCCGGCACCGCGGCGUUCGCCUCCGCCGUACAAGCGGUCGCGCCGGGGGAGUCCUCGGGGCGGAUAUGGACCUGAUGAUAGACAUGGUUAUAAUUAUUAUGGUGCUUAUGAACGGGGAUUGGGUGGAAGAGGUGGUUAUGCAGAUGAGAAGUCCUAUGGGAGGUUUGGACCACGUUCUGCUGGGGGUUAUCAGAAUGGGAUUUCUGAUGUGGAAUCCAAUCGUGGUUAUGGAGACAUGCCAAGCCAAAGGGAGGGGCUGAUGUCCUAUAAGCAGUUCAUUCAGGAGCUUGAGGAUGAUAUACUACCCGCUGAAGCAGAGCGUAGGUAUCAAGAAUACAAAUCAGAGUAUAUUUCAACCCAAAAACGAGCUUAUUUUAAUGCUCAUAAGGAUGAAGAGUGGUUGAAGGAUAAAUAUCAUCCAACAAAUUUGCUUACAGUCAUUGAAAGGAGGAAUGAAAAUGCUCGACAGCUAGCAAAGGAAUUUUUGCUUGAUUUACAGAGUGGAACAUUAGAACUAAAUCCUGGUUUGGAGGCCUCUGUAUCCAACAAAUCAGGGCAAGCUAGUGAGCCAAAUUCAGAGGAGGAAGCAGACACUGGAGGCAAACGAAGAAGGCAUGGAAGGGGACCUAAUAAAGAAAAUGAUUUCUCAGCUGCUCCAAAGGCUCACCCAAUCAGUUCUGAACCAAGAAGGAUACAGGCAGAUGUUCAACAGGCUCAGGUUCUUGUCCGGAAGCUUGAUGCUGAAAAAGGGAUUGAAGAUAAUACUUUGUGCAGCAGCAGCGAUCAUAAUAAAAAUGAUGACAAGGCACACAGUGGAUCUGUGGGCCCCAUAGUAAUUAUUCGAGGCCUAACAUCUGUUAAGGGUUUAGAAGGUGUCGAACUUCUGGAUACACUUAUAACUUACCUUUGGCGGAUUCAUGGUGUGGAUUAUUAUGGCAUGAUUGAGACUAACGAGGCUAAGGGCUUUAGGCAUGUGAGACCAGAAGGGACGGGGCAUGAAGAAACAGGUAAAUCAGGGUCGGACUGGGAGAAGAAGCUUGAUUUAUUUUGGCAAGGAAGGCUGAAUGGUUUGGAUCCCUUGGAAAUAAUGACUGCUAAGGAGAAGAUAGAUGCUGCAGCAAUGGAAGUAUUGGAUCCAUAUGUUAGAAAAAUUAGGGAUGAAAAGUAUGGAUGGAAGUAUGGAUGUGGAGCCAAGGGCUGCACAAAGCUUUUUCAUGCUGCUGAAUUUGUGCACAAACAUCUGAAGCUCAAACACCCAGAGCUUGUUAUGGAACAGACUACGAAAGUACGAGAGGAUCUCUACUUUCAAAAUUACAUGAAUGAUCCAGAUGCUCCUGGCGGGACACCCAUAAUGCAGCAAUCUCAGGUAUACUGCUGUUUUUGCUUAUAACAUAAGCAUAUAUCUAGAAAAAAGACAUGAAAAAGAUUUGCAUGAGUUUAAAAUACUAUCUUUAUGGUUGGGUUGUGAGCAUAAUAGACAAUCACGUGUGAUUGUGGGUUGCCAGCGCGAAGCAACCCCUGCAGCCCUAUGGCAAUCGUUGCAUAGCACCUGGCUUUGUCAGUCAUUGUGGUGCCAUUCAUGGAAUAUCGCAGUGCCUUGCGGGCUUCCCGGCCCUCCAUUUGUGCUAUUGCUGAUAAGGCUCUGCUAGAUUUCUUCCUUAGCCAUCUCUAAACUGCCUCUUUCUUUCCAUUUCUGAUAGCUUACUUCCAUCUGUCAUCAUCUUCCAGAGACAUUUCACUUCAUAAAUAGGGGUAGCGCUAGAUGAUGGGCCUCAAUUUGAGUCCAAUAGUCCCUUUUUAAGUGUAAAACAUAAC